UCGUGGGGAUUGGGGUGGAAGCGCCCCUCCGAGAUCUUCCACCUCGCGCUUGACUACGGCGAAUCCGACGCCAAUGCCGACGACGACGACCACCACCUCCCCCCCCGCCCUCCUCCUCCACCUCCUUCCCCUGUACCUCCGCUUCCUCCGUCACCGCCUCAGCCUCUCUCCCCCCACAGCCUUCCGUCCGGGGAACUGGGGUUCCGAAUCGAACUCGACUGGACCGCUGGCGACGACGAGGAGCAGAUAGCCCUCCGCCUCCGGUCCCAGCUCAUGGCCUCGCUUCAGCCACCGCAGGAUACGGUGGUGUUGGAUCUGCAUGGGGACGAGGAGCUCGGCUGCGUCGGGGUGGAGAUGAAGGUCAUCAAGCGGCGGGAGCCCCUGAGAUCGGUGCGGUUGUCCAAGGUGGCCGGGUCGGGCCAGCAGAACGAUGGGGCCGGCGUCCUGACGCGGUUGAUUCGGUCCAAUUUUACGCCAUCCGCGCCCGCAGAUGGGGUUCAGGUGUUGGUUGAUCACUGGAAGAGUGUGACGACGCUGAGCCUGUGCGGCUGCGGCUUGUGGGUAUUUCCAGUGGAGCUAACAAAACUGCCACUUCUCGAGAAGCUAUAUCUUGAUAACAAUAAGUUAUCGCUUCUACCACCAGAGCUUGGUGAAUUGAGAAAUUUGAAGGUGCUAAGAGUUGACAACAAUAUGCUUAGUUCUGUCCCUGUUGAGUUGCGGCAAUGUGUUUUGCUGGUUGAACUAUCACUGGAACAUAAUAAACUUGUGAGACCACUUCUGGAUUUCAGGGCUAUGGCUGAGCUUCGCAUUCUGAGACUGUUUGGUAAUCCUCUUGAGUUUCUUCCAGAAAUUUUACCGUUGCACAAUCUUCGGCAUUUAUCACUUGCUAAUAUAAGAAUUGAGGCAACUGAAAAUCUGAAAUCAGUGAAUGUGCAUAUAGAGAUGGAAAACAGCUCCUAUUUUAUUGCAUCAAGACACAAACUCAGUGCCUUCUUCUCUCUUAUUUUCCGGUUCUCUUCAUGUCAUCAUCCUUUGCUGGCCUCUGCAUUAGCUAAAAUCACGCAAGAUCAUACUAAUCAUGUGGCUAUUAGUAAAGAAGGGAAUGCUAUACGGCAGCUGAUAAGUAUGAUAAAUAGUGAUGAUCGGCAUGUGGUUGAACAAGCAUGUUUUGCUCUCUCGUCACUGGCAGCUGAUGUUUCUUUGGCAAUGCAGUUGAUUAAGUCUGACAUUAUGAAACCUAUUGAAUUACUUUUGAGAUCAAUUGACCAAGAAGAACUAACCUCUGUAUUGCAAGUUCUGGCCACAUUAGCAUUUGCCUCUGAUAGCGUUGCACAAAAGAUGAUGACAAAGGAUGUACUCAAACCUCUCAAAGCACUUUGUGCACAUAAGAGCACAGAGGUGCAACGUCUAUCAUUAUUGGCAUUAGGCAAUUUAGGUUUCUGUUCAGAAAAUCGUCGCAUUCUAUCUCAAUCUGAAAGCCUGCAUGAACUUCUAUUACGCCUUACAGUGACACCUGUGCCACGUGUGAACAAGGCUGCGGCACGUGCUUUGGCAAUUCUUGGUGAAAACGAGAACCUGCAGCGAGCAGUAAAAAGAAAGCCAGUGGGAAAGCAAGGACUGCGUAUACUGUCAAUGGAUGGUGGUGGUAUGAAGGGCCUAGCAACAGUUCAGAUGCUUAAACAAAUUGAACAAGGAACUGGAAAGCGUAUUCAUGAAAUGUUUGACCUGAUAUGUGGUACAUCAACAGGUGGUAUGCUUGCAGUAGCUCUUGGUAUUAAACAAAUGACCUUGGAACAAUGUGAAGAUAUAUACAAAGAACUUGGAAAACUUGUCUUUGCUGAACCUACUCCUAAGGACAAUGAAGCUGCAACGUGGAUGGAGAAGCUUGAUCAGCUCUUCAAAAGUUCAUCACAAAGCUUUAGAGUAGUUGUACAUGGUUCAAAGCAUAGCGCAGAUCAAUUCGAGAGGUUGUUGAAAGAGAUGUGUGCUGAUGAAGAUGGUAAUCUUUUAAUAGAAUCUGCUGUGAAGAACAUUCCAAAAGUAUUUGUAGUAUCUACUCUAGUUAGUGUGACACCGGCUCAACCAUUUGUAUUCCGAAAUUAUCAGUAUCCAGUUGGCACUCCAGAGUUGCCAUUAGGAAUGCUUGAAACUCCUGCAGUUACUACAACUGGAACAACUGCCUCUGGUGCACAAAUUGCUGGCCGGCGUGGUGCUUUUAUUGGGAGCUGCAAGCAUCGAGUAUGGGAAGCUAUAAGAGCAUCCUCUGCUGCUCCGUAUUACCUUGAUGAUUUCUCAGAUGGUGUAAAUCGUUGGCAAGAUGGAGCAAUUGUAGCAAAUAAUCCAACCAUAUUUUCCAUAAGGGAAGCACAGCUUUUAUGGCCUGAUGCACGCAUUGACUGUCUGGUUUCUAUAGGAUGUGGUUCAGUCCCAACCAAAGCUCGAAAAGGUGGCUGGCGUUAUUUGGAUACCGGACAAGUGUUGAUUGAGAGUGCAUGCUCUGUAGAUCGAGUGGAGGAUGUGUUGGAGACUUUACUACCAAUGAUUCCUGAAGUGCAGUAUUUUCGGUUCAACCCAGUUGAUGAGCGAUUUGAUAUGGAGCUUGAUGAGACCGAUCCUGCUAUCUGGCUUAAGUUGGAAGCAGCAACAGAGGAGUAUAUUCAAAAAAAUUGUCAGCUUUUCAAGAAUGUCUGUGAGCGGCUGGUUCCACGAGAAAAUGAAGAAAAACUAAUUGAAGGGUUAAAUAGUCAACAAUUUUCUAAGUCAAAACCAUCAAAUACAGGGCUCGAUGAAAGCAGCCCUCAAUUAGGAUGGAGGAGGAUGGUGCUUCUUGUAGAGUCUUCAUAUAGUCCUGAUAUUGGAAACACUAAUUAUCAUGCCCGGUCUCUUGAGAAGUUCUGUGCUAGUAAAGGCAUUAGGCUCUCUCUGACAAAUCAGACUUCAGGAUUUUCCAAGCCUGCAACUAGGUCUCCUACAACAUUCACAUCACCAUUAUUUACUGGAAGCUUCCCAUCAAAUCCACUUCAACGUAGUCCUGAAUGUGGACCCCAGCGAAUUAAUCAGAUUGAUCAUGUUCCACCUCUUAGCUUGGAUGGUCAUCCAACUGGGCUAACAUCCAUGUCACCACCGGCAUCUCCAUUGGCUUCAUUGCAGCCUUCUCUACAUGCACAAUCAAUAAAUGAAAAAUUGCAGAAUUUGCCUCAAGUAGGCAUCAUACAUUUGGCUCUUCAAAAUGACUCAACAGGUUCAAUACUAAGUUGGCAGAAUGAUGUGUUUGUGGUCGCUGAACCAGGCGAGCUUGCAGAUAGAUUUCUUCAGAGUGUUCAAUUGAGCCAGACUUCAUUGGUGCGAGGAAGAAAUAGAAUGGAAGCUUAUUCCUUAGCUAAGGUUUCAUCUGUUGCUGACCUGGUUACAAAAUGGCGAUGCUUUCAUGUUGGAGGUAUACUCCACCGAUAUAUAGGACGCCAGACACAAGUAAUGGAGGAUAACCAAGAAAUUGGUGCAUGCAUGUUUCGGAGAACAGUUCCUGCUGUUCACUUGACAUCUGAAGAUGUUCGUUGGAUGGUUGGAGCAUGGAGAGGGCGAAUCAUAAUAUGCACCGGAAAGUAUGGGCUUGCUCCAAGCUUGGUGAAAGCUUUCCUAGAUUCAGGCGCCAAAGCUGUUGUCUCAUCGUCGAUCGAGCCUCCUGACAUGAAGUCCAUACAGUUCCGUGGCACAAGUGAUUAUAAUGGCUUUGAGAAUGGAAGGUUUGAGAUUGGAGAUGAAGAGGGCGAACAAGAACCAGUUAGUCCCGCAAGUGACUGGGAAGAUGGUGAUGGAGAGAAAGGUGGUGAACACUCGAUCAGCUGGAAUGGUGACUACGAAGAAGAUCUAUCUGAGUUCAUAUGCCAUUUGUAUGACUCACUGUUUCGCAAGGGAUCAACAGUAGAUGUUGCUCUGCAAAACGCUCUCUGCUCCCAUCCGAAGUUGAGAUACAGUUGCCAUCUGCCAAAUACACUUUAGUCUUAGCUACAAAUAAGACAUUAUAUGCCUACUAGAUGAAAUGAUAUGAUUACACAAGAUCAAGAACUGAGAAAUUUUGUUUAUUUGUUCACAGUAGAGUAUGUUAAAGAAAGGUACAAUUUUGAU